AUGCGUUUCUCGCUCCUCUUUGCAUUCUGCCUCUUUCUUGCCGCGCUGAGCACGGUGGCGGCGCAGCAGGCUUCCAACUCGGGAUCCGCAUCGCAGUCGCCUUCGCCCACGGCAUCGGGCUCGGGCUCGGCCGCUGCCUCUGGAUCUGGCUCGGCGACGCAGUCUGGCUCGGGUAGCGCCGCACCCUCUGGAAGCGCCAGCGGCACGAGCCGAAGCGGCUCCGCCUCUGGCUCUGCGACGGGCAGUGCGGCGAGCGGCAGUGCGAGUGGCAGUGGCAGCGGCUCUGGAUCCGCGGCGCCGAGCUCGACGAGCAAGACGUUGUCGAGCUACCCGACUGCGCCCGUCAUCACCGACGGACCGUUUGCGGGCACCGGGGUGGCGCCCGCCCCCGUCGGUACCGGUGGCCAGGCGCAGGGUCCGGACGACAACUUUAUCCGCAGCGGCGCGCGCGCUCUGGGCGGAUCUGUCGGCGGCAUCCUGGCCGCUGCCGUCGCCGCCGGUGCGUGGGUCCUGCUCUGA